GGAGGGGGGGGGCUUCCGUUAAAUACAAGCGCACACCCCCACCGCUGCACCACUUCUCUGGGGAAGCAGCACCGCGUUCAACCUCCUUUUUUUCUCCUGCUCCACCUGCACGCCAGAAAGCCUCAAGAUGUCUACCAAGGAGAAGCUGAUCAGCCACGUGAUGAAGGAAGAGCCCGUCGCCAGCGCAAACAAAGUGACGGUGGUGGGUGUCGGCAUGGUCGGCAUGGCCUGUGCCAUCAGCGUGCUGCUCAAGGACUUGUGUGACGAGCUGGCCCUUGUUGACGUGAUGGAGGACAAGUUGAAAGGCGAGAUCAUGGACCUGCAGCACGGGUCCCUUUUCCUCAAGACGCACAAGAUCGUAGCAGACAAAGACUACAGUGUGACGGCCAACUCCAAAUUGGUGGUAGUGACGGCCGGCGCCCGCCAACAGGAGGGCGAGAGCCGCCUCAACCUGGUGCAGCGCAACGUCAACAUCUUCAAGUUCAUCAUCCCCAACAUCGUCAAGCACAGCCCCAACUGCAUCAUCCUGGUGGUCUCCAACCCAGUGGACAUCCUGACGUAUGUGGCGUGGAAGCUGAGCGGCUUCCCCCGUCACCGCGUCAUCGGCUCCGGCACCAACCUGGACUCGGCCCGCUUCCGCCACCUGAUGGGAGAGAAGCUCAACAUCCACCCUUCCAGCUGCCACGGCUGGAUCAUCGGCGAGCACGGGGACUCCAGUGUGCCCGUGUGGAGCGGCGUGAAUGUCGCCGGAGUUUCUCUGCAGGGCCUCAACCCGCAGAUGGGGACCGAGGGCGACAGCGAGAACUGGAAGGCCGUGCAUAAGGAGGUGGUCGACGGGGCCUACGAGGUGAUCAGGCUGAAGGGCUACACUUCCUGGGCCAUCGGUAUGUCUGUGGCCAACCUGGUGGAAAGCAUCCUGAAGAACCUGCAUAAAGUGCACCCAGUGUCCACGCUGGUCCAGGGCAUGCACGGAGUGAAGGACGAGGUCUUCCUCAGCGUCCCCAGUGUCCUGGGCAACAGCGGCCUGACGGAUGUGAUCCACAUGACGCUGAAGCCCGACGAGGAGAAGCAGCUGAUGAGCAGCGCCGACACCCUGUGGGGCGUCCAGAAGGAGCUCGUCCUGUGAAGAGCGUUCCUUUGAAUCUUCAGCAGUCAAGUGAAACCUCUGCGUGUUUGUAGCUAAACCUUUAUAUUAUUUUUUUUAGAUGUCCACAUAUAGGUGUCCCUUUGCUGCCUCACUCCUCCUAUUCUCUUCUCCCCAUGACUGAAUCUAACUACCACCUUCAGCCUGUCUGAUGGAAGGAGGUGUCCCUUGUGUUGUGUCGUCCACAUAAAAACGCCUUUUCAGUUUGAGCGUUUACAUUCUGUGUUCUGUCUGGUAAAUGUACACUGUGGCUGUUUCUUCUGUACACUCCUUGUUGGUAGUUUAUAUUUAUUCGGUUUUUCUCCACUUGGUGUUCUGUUUAUUGGAGGUAUAAUGGAGUUGUUCUGUCCCCUGUGAGGAGGCCUUCAUGUCCGGCUAGUCACAGUGAGCGGGGCCCCACAUCCUGAAAGAACCAAAGUCUCUUUAUCAUUUGAUAAAGGCAAUUCUUCAAAGACUGUUUAACAUUCAAGCUAGUAACACCACAAGUGUAAUGACACAAUUAAACACGACCUCUUGCAUCUGAAACGUAAAAUAAUUUGACUCCGCAAAGAGAAAAGAGAACCAGUACUCUGCUACAGCCAAGGUUACGUUUUGAAUGUCAUAAUCGUUGGGACUUGUUUGUUAGUGUACUCUAAACAACCUCGUGAGAUUUGUAUUUAUUUUACUGCAACUAACUCUGGGAACGAGUUAAUCAAGAGAAAAUAAUGGUAUUUAUAGUUGUUAAUACUGUUGAGAUCUAUUUAUGUAUUACUGUUACAAGUCUAAUAAUCGGCAAACUCCCUGAGGAACUGAAUCUGUCGUGGCAGCUGGGUAGUGUUUUUUUUUUUAUUGCUGUUACAUCCAAUAAAUCUGCCAGGAUCACGAUAAAAGUUUUUUUUUUUUCCUUCUCCUGUUUGACAUGCAGAUGUUUGUGUGAAGCCGACUGCCACUCCAUGUGUCUGCAGAUUGGGGGUUUUAUGCAGGAGAUCAAAAUGUAAUCAUAGGUUCAAUAUGUGACACGGUGAACAUUAUAAUAACGGCUGCUAUGUGUGCUUACAAAUAAGCAGUAUUUAAAAAAAUAUAUUGCUCCUGUGAGAAAUAUUAGAUUAUAGCAAGUUCACACGUAGGUUGACCCCGUGGUUUGGGUUUGUUCAACACUGUUAGAAUAUACGGUUUUGUUGGGCUUUUCAAGCUAAUUGGAAAUAUAUAAACAAUAUUGAUCAAAGAAAUUCACAGAUGAAUCAAA